CCAAUAUUCAUCUUUGGGCAUCAAAAGCAAUGAUUUCCGUUCUAUUAAGUGAAGAAUAUCUUUAAUAGCAAUCAUCAAGUGCAAUUAAAUAAAAUUAAUUCCAUCUUUCCCAUUAUUAUAACAUAGCUAAAGACCAAUAUCAAGUAUGGCUCCCGCCCAGCAAGACGCUGCUUUCGGCAUUCAGCCCCAAACAUCUGCUGAGUCGUCCAUCCAAGAACAAAAAACUCAAGUCAUCAUUAUCGGCGGUGGACUGAGUGGUUUACAGGCUGCUCACGAUCUUCAAGCAGCUGGCAUUUCCUGUCUCAUUCUCGAAGCGCGCGAUAGAGUUGGCGGUAAACUGUGGUCUGUACCUCUGGGCCCCGAGAAAGGAUAUAUCGAGCUUGGGGGUGCCUGGACCAACGAUGUGAAUCAGCCCAUGGUAACUGCACUGGUCAAAAAGUUUGGGCUGGAGAUGGUGACACAGAACAUCGUCGGUGACUGCAUCAUGGAGGAGAAGGGAAGGUUUCGUUAUGGAACUGAUCCACCGUUGUCUCAAGAGGACAAGAUAACAUUUGCUGAGAUAAGAAGUCACGUUGAGGCCCUAUGCCACACCGUCAAGGCUGCAGAACUCGGCCAAUCUCUGACCAAGCAUGGACACAUGAGCAUGGAUGAUUUUGCAGUUUCCAUGGGCGCCAGCGACAUCCUACGUCGUUUAGUCAAUAUUUGGACUGCCGCAAUGUUGGGCGUCGAGUCGAACCAAGUCAGCGCCGUCUUCUUUAUGCAUUACUGUCAAGCGGGAGGUGGCCUCAUCCAAAUGCGAUCAGACGGCAAAGGCGGCGGUCAGAGUAUGCGCUUUCGACAUGGAACGCAGUCGCUGUGUUAUGGGCUUCGGAAUGGUCUCAAACCAGAGACAGUCAUAUGCUCAACCCCUGUGCAAACAAUCGAGCAGGAUAUUGGCAGCGGAUGCCUGGUCAUCGCUCGGGACGGAAGACGUUUUCGCUCUGAACGCAUCAUUUCCACGGUUCCAAGCGUCUUCUUGAGCCAAAUCAAUAUCUCGCCGCCGCUAUCAGCAGAUAAAUGUUGGCUUAGCACUCACAGCAAGCUUGGGUUUUACGCAAAGGUGUUCCUCGUCUACUCAGAGCCUUGGUGGCGUACGCUUGGUCUCUGCGGCCUAGCACAAGGCCUCAGUGGACCAGUGGCUCUGACAAGGGAUGCCUCGAGCGAUGAAGAUGGCCUGUUUGCAUUGAUAUGCUUCGUUGUAGGCCAAAGAGGUGCAGAGUGGGCACAGAAAGAUGCAAACGAGCGCUUGAUUGAAGUGAUUGCCCAUGUCGAUCGCAUCUAUGGAGCAGAUAUUCCGCGGCCUCUAGAGACGCGAGAACAAAUUUGGAACAAAGAAGAAUUUUCACAGGGAGCCCCUUGCCCUGUGGUGCCUGCCUCUUGCUUGAGGAGUCUCAGUCAAGAUCAAUGGCGGCCGGAGGGCUAUAUUCAUUUCGCCGGAACAGAGACGAGCACCGUAUGGAAGGGAUAUAUGGAGGGAGCUCUAGUUUCUGGAAGUAGAGCUGCGGGAGAGGUUAUCGAUAUAUUGUCUACAUAAACAAGUUAAGCGGUGCAGUAGAUGACAAUUUCGCAGUUAGGCAGAGUACAAUAGCGUUAUAUCCGAGGCUUUACCAGUUAUUCACGGUAUACUCCUCGGAGGAUCUGGCUGCUGCAGGUCAAGGCCGCCUAUGGAGUCUCGCCAAUAAAGAGACUGCCAUUCUGAAGAACUCUCCUCCCAUCUGUUAGGUUGGAUAUGGAGAUCUCCUGGCUGCUCUUCUUCAAAUGACAAAAAGUU